AUGCGCGACGCGCGGGCGCGGUGCGACGCGAGCGCGGCGGCGGAACGGGAGGAGAAACGGCGAUUGAAGGAGAAGCUGACGCGCGCGGCGAGCGACGGCGAGGCGACGACGCUGGCGCUCACCGAGGAGGUGAAGCGGUUGACGCGGUGCAGGGAGGAAGACUUAGCGUGCGUGCGCGCGAUCAUCGGGGACGGGGCGGUGCUGGUGGCCGGAGCGCCGGAGGAGGCGUUGUCGACGAUGGCGACGUGUCGGCGCGAGCUGGAGGCGGCGCGCGUGGAACGGGACGCGGCGAAAAAGGCGUCGUUCGCGGCGUCCACGUCGGGGGCGAACGCGGAGAGCUUGAUGAGUGCGAUGAAAGAGAAAAUGCAGGAGAAGAUUGACGAGGCGAUGAAGACGAUGGAGGCGAAGAAGCGCGCGGCGGAAUCGAGCGCGGAUGCGGCGCGACAAGGCAAAGCGGCGGCGGAACAAAAGCUCGGUGCUUUACAGAAGCAAUACGACGAGAUGGCGAGUAAAUUAUUCGACGCUGAGAACGCGAUGGAGACGAACGAGGCGAGAAACGCGGCGGAAAAAGAAGAGUUGGUGACUUUGGGUGAGGAAUUGCGUCGUCGCGAGGAGGCGUUGGAGGCGCACGUCGAAGCCGCGCGCGCUACGGAAAGGGCGACGACGAGUCGAGACGAGCACGCCGAGUCCAGGCUCGCCGAGAAGCUCGCGGUAAAGGAACGCAUGGUGUCUCAGCUCGCGGCGGAGGUCGAAUCGAACGCGGCGCGUGCGAAGGAGUCUGAAGAAAAACACGCCGCCGAACGGGAAUCGCUGAACGCGCAAAUCGUCGCGCUUAGACAAGAGGUUUUGAAAGCGCGCGAAACGGCGCAACCGUCUGAGUCGGCGACGUUAAAGUUAAAGGCUGAAAUAGCCACACUAACGAAUCGCGUCAAGAUGUUGCAAGAAAUCAGUGGCCUGGAGGUCGGCGAUGACGACGCCGCGGCGGGCGGUGACGAAUCGUCGGCGAGCGGCGCGGAGGCGAUGCAAUCGUUGCGCGAGCGAAACAAAAAGCUCGCCGCCGAACUCACGGUAGCAAGGCGCGAAACAGAAGAAGCGACCACUUCUCUUGAAAUCGCACGAGGUGCGCAAGCGAGUGCCGAGCGCAAGUACACCGAAACGGCGGAGAUGGUCGCGACGCUCGAGACCGAUUUAGCGACGCGACUCUCGGAAAUCAUCGAGGAUAGAGCCGUGAACGGGUCUCCGAUGAAAGUGAACGCGGCGUCCUCGGAGUCGACAGAUUUGCUCACGAUCCUCACAUCUCAACGCGAUCGAUUCAAGCGUAGGGUGGGUGAACUGGACGAGCGCGCGGCUAGGCUCGAGCAGGACAAAAUCGCCGCCGAGGACGCGAAGGCAAAGCUCGAAGCCGACAGCGUGCAGCUGUUCGAAAAACUUCAGUACGUGCAAAAUUACUAUUCCAAGCAAUUAGCGUCGUCGGGUGGCCGGACGACAAUCCUGCGCGUCGACGCGGAAGGCAUACCCGUCACCGACGGCGCCGUCGCGGCGUCUACGGCGCCGUCGCAAAGCGCGAAGAACGCGCGUUAUUCGUGCGGCGCGGUGACGGUCAACAUCGAAAGCGAACGUACGGCAGCCGCGGUCGACGGCAUGCGGCGCCGCGCCGCGCGUUACGGUUGUUUCGGUGGCGUCAACGCCGAGUCAGACAUCCCCGGCGGCGACGCCGGCGGCGUCGUCCAGCGGUAUCGCCGUCGAUACCUGGCGCGCUUGAACCCCUUCGCCGCGUUUCGCGAGCGGGAGGUCGAAGACUCCGCGUCCUCGCUUCCGAUUCACGAUCGCAUCGGUUUGACGAGCGGAAAGAUGCUCAUGAAGAGCAGGGCGACUCGCACGGCGUUUUCCGUCUAUCUCAUCGUCUUGCACUUGUUCAUGCUCCGACGCGCUUUUAGUUGA